CUUUUUUCUCUGUAAAUUUUCAUCUUCUUUGUAAUUUUGUUGACUUUAUAACCGUUCAGUUAGUGUCUGCUUGCUGUUUUCUUUUUUAUGAAGGGGAAUAUAAAUAUUCAUUUUGCCAUCAAAGUAACAUGUCUUCACUAGUAAGUCAUUGGAAACGAUUUAUAUCAGCCUGUUCUACCCCUGCUACUUCUGUUGGUGGUAAUAGUGGGCCAUAUUUGGCGUCAAAUUCGAGUGGAAGUGGUAGCAGUGGUGUUACACCUGCAUCACAGAAUUCCUUUCAAAAAUCUUCAGUUGAGUGGGAAUGUCUUAAUGAGACAGUGAAUUUGCUCUUGAAAACAUGUCCAGUAUCACGAUCAGCUAUUUUAGAUCAUUUAGCUCCACUCUACAUUGAUUAUUUUGUCACUUGGUGGCAUGUCAAUUCUGGGACUGCUACUAAUCGUAAUAUAAACUUCGAAAGUCAAAAUUUGCAUAAAGCUGAAAUUGUACUUCAGGGAUUGCUUAAAACGGUGAGUGAUCAUGAGGUCAAACGUUAACCAAUGUUUAUUGAUAUAUAUGAUUCUCCACUUCACUUACGCCUAUUACCCUUCGAGGAGGAACAUGGGCCGCCGACCAGGAUUCUCCAUCUAACUCUGAUUUGGGCAAUCCUGUUCAGUCCUUUCCAGUUGCUAUUCAUCCUUUUGAUAUCCGCUUCCGAUUCCGGAAGCGAUAUGCUCCUUGAUAUUCCUCUUUUUUCCCUUCAGGAUUCCAAGUCAGCGUUUGCCUUGUAAUGCAAUUUGAUGAUUCACUCAAUUUAUGUCCUAACCACCUCCAACGUCUUUUCCUAAAUUGUUCGGGUGGAACCUGGUUUGUUCUCUCCCUCAGUAGGUUGUUGCUGAUGAUAUCCGACCUACGUAUAUAGAGUAUCUUGCGCAUACAAUUAUUUAUAAAUUCUUGUACUUUUUGAUGAUUGUGGUAGUUCUUUAAGUUCCAGCUCCGUACAACAGAACUAUCUAGAUGUUUGUAUUAAAGAUUCUGACUUUGGUAUUGGCUGAAAGUUAUUUUGGGUUCAUUUGUUCUUCAGUUAUAGAAAUGCUUCUCUUUGCUCCUCCAAUCCUUGCCUUCAUAUCUGCAUCAGACCCUCCUUGCCUAUCGAUGACGCUGCUCAGAUAUUUGGACGUUUCCACAUCUUCCAGAGCUUCCCCAUCAAGUGUGAUUUGGUUGUUGCUCGCUGGGUUGUAUUUCAAAAUCUUGUUUUACCCAUUGUAUAUGUUGAGUCCUGUUGUUGCAGAGGCUACUGAAACACAGACUGACUUCACCUGUAUUUGUUGUUGUGUAUAAGAUUAAAGCGCCAGGUCACCUGCAAAGUCCAAAUCGUCUACCUCCCGACCAUUGCUGCUAUCUUGGCAUGGUCGUUGGGCUUGCCUGUCGUGAUGAACCGAUCGGGUUAUACUGGCUGGAAUAAUCGUUACUCAAGGUCCUACCAUGCUAGACAGAUCGGUUGAAGAACGGUAAUACUAAAAGCAGCAACCCAAGGCCAGAGGACAAAGUCGUACUGCUGACUGUACAGAGUUGUGUUGGCAUUAAGGUGUUCCUUUUAGACAACCAGCAUAACAGCGAUAUUGCCUUCCCACAACCCGGUUAAAGCUCCGGACAUUCACUUUUCGUUCUCUUAAUUUUGCAAACUACACCGCCGCCACGAGAAGGCACUGAGUAGGACUUCCCGGCAGUGGCUGUGUACGCAUGGCCAUGUGAGGGCAUUUCGAGCGAGAGAGCUGACCCUCCUGUCUCUCGGCCGUACCAGGGCAUUUUGGGGCAUGGAGGGUCCACCUAGGGGAGUUGGAAAGCCCUAAUUCCAAACUAAUGGUGCACAUGGGCUCCAGUAUCCUAAGGAGCAAAUGACGUAGGAACCAGUCGUUGGCUACUGGCUACCAUGGGACUGCAUCUCCUUACGCUUCUUCACUGCCUUGUGGGUUAGACCUUCAGGUCAAAGGCUCCGGUCGUAGCUUUCUAAGAAAACCACCUACUUCGGUUUGGGCACCAGGGUAGUAUCCCAGCUCUUACACAAAUCAAUGAUAACUACUACUGGCCUCAUUGUCAUUGUGUGGCGCAUAUGUGUUUGGUGCCCCUUUGUACCAAUAUUUAUGUGUUCAAAUGAAGUCAAAUAAAUGCUUCCCACAAAAUGUUACCAAGGCCAAUAACUAUAGUGCGCAAAAUACUGACCCAAGUCUACUGAGACAUCGCUCCAAACUACACUACAAGUUGCAAUAAACCAACGAUGAACUCAAAUAGACCAUAUUACCAUCAGGCAUAGUUGAAGAGGUUCGUUAGAAGACUGCCACUCGCUCUCGAAUACAUGUUAAGACUCUGAUCCUGCCCUAAUAGGAGCAAGGAUUUGCUUGUUCCUCACUGGACGCAUGAAAGUCACAUUAAGAAGACUCAUUAGAGUUGGACUCAGUGAUGGGAAAGCCCAAGCUGAAUUCCAUGAACAACUGAGGUCACACUUAGUUUGUUCUGAAAACAAAGCUGACUCAGAUGUUGCUUGGAAAGAUAUACGAGCAGCUGUAGAAAUAGCAGCGGCAUCUGUUAGUGAUUUGAACCAAAAGAUCACUGGGACCCAGCGGAUUUCUACAACAUGAUGGUCCUUCUUGACUUGAAAGCAGCAUUGGACCCUGUAGACUGAAAGGUUCUGUGGCAGUGCCUGUCAUUGAACGGUGUACCUCAGAAGCACAUAAACAUUAUGAGGGCUCUUUACCCGAACACUACCAGUCGAGUCAGAGCUUAUGGAAAACUGUCAUCUGAUCUUGCAACCUUAAGUGGUGUCCGGCAAGGCUGUCCACUAUCUCCAUUUGUGUUUAAUUUUAUCAUAGACCUACUGUUGGAAACAACGUUCUCGCCGUCUGGAUUUUCAGGAAUUUAUUUCCUACAAGAAGGUCCACUUAUCGAGUUAGAAUACGCAAACGACAUAGUCCUGUUUGAUGAAGACGCUGAUAAAUUGCAGUAUUUUGGUAGCACUGAACAAUAAUCCCAGAAUGUUUAGGAUGCGUUUCUCCCCUAUAAAUGCAAGUUGUUGAUUGAGGACUGACCCUCGUCAACACCUGAAUUACGGAUUGGCAGUGAUGAAGUAGUCGAACGCGUCGACAACACUUAUUUUGUAAGUCUGAUCAACCCUAAUGGGCUAGUGUCUGAAGAAAUCUCUACACGGAUUCAUAAAGCUCGUUUGGCUCUUCCAACUUACAUCAUCUAUGGCGAAGGCGAGAUAUCCAUCUAUCAAUUAAAGGACGAGUAUAUCGCACGGUAGUUCGUUCUGUCCUAAUUUACGACUGCGAAACGUGGCCAUUAAGAGUACAAGAUACUCGUAAGCUACUAGUAUCUGAUCACAGAUGUCUUAGAGAUAUUGCUCACAUCUGCUGGGAUCACUGGUAAGUAAUAGUGAGUUUAGACGCAGGGUAUUAGGGAAUGAUGGUAAAUCAGUUGAUGAGGUUGUGAAUCUCCAUCGACUGAGAUGGUUGGGCCACGUGUUACGUAUGCCCGAACACCGAUUACCACGAUGUGCAAUGCUAACCGGUGUUGGGAAUGGUUGGAAGAACGUUAGGGGCGGUCAAACCAGAACGUGGUAUCAGUGCUUGAAAUCACUAACUUCUAGUCUGAGCCAUGUUGGUAGAUGCAGACUACUUGGUUGGGGUCUGCGCGGCUAUCGUAACCAAUGGUUGGAAACUCUGGGUGACAUGGCUCAGAAUCGAUCACAAUGGCGUCGGUGUAUACACUCUCUAUCUUCCCUUAAACCGUGAGAUUAAAGUUGCUUUAUAUCUUUCUUUUUACAAACUAAUUCUUUCUUCCUGUACUAUGUCCUUAUAUACAAUCUUUCUUUUGUACAUUUCUACCAUUGAAGUGACUACUUAUAUGAAUUUGGUGUCCGUCUUGUUGUACUCAUGAGGUAUGGCUACUUGGACUGAUGCAUUUAAGUGUUUGGUUUUACGAUGUGACUAACCAUCUGAAAUCGACUUGCUGCAUCCAAGCUGUCCAUCAUAUUCCGUGCUUCGCCUGAGAUGUGAAGGCCUUCAUUAUCCAGUCAACCACCAAAAGAGCGAGAGAGUAAAUAUCAUUGUCUAACGCCGAUCUUUACUCGGAUUGCAUAUCUGAGCUGGCCUACAUACACGAUUUGUAGUGUGAUCUGUCGUAAGAAUUCCGUACGAUGGUGAAAAUUUUCUCAGGUACACCGUAGUGUCGAAGAAGCUUCCACAAGAUUCUCCUAUCCACACUGUCAAAUGCUUUACCAUAGUUAAGAAGAUUGAUGUAUGGUAACCAGUUCUAUUCACUUGAUUGUUCAACAAUGAUCAAUAGUGUCGCGAUGUGGUCUGUAAACUAUCGAUCCUUACGGAAUCCGGCCUGUUGUUCUCGAAGUUGAGCGUCCACUGAAUCUUUCGUCUGGUUCAACAACACUGUUGAAAACUUUUCCUGAUACUGAUAGUAGUGUGGUACCUCUGUAGUUCUCACACUUACUGAGUCACCUUUCUUUGUUACUUUGAUGAGGUAUCCCACUUUCCAGUCUAUCGGCACUUGUUCAUCCUCCUAAAUCCUUUUGAAUAGGAUGUGUAACAGGUUUGCAGUUACUUCCAUGUCUGACGUCAGUGCUUCAGCUUGUAUGUUGUCUGAUGCUGCUGGUUCUCCACUGUUGAUUUGUCUGGUGGCUAUGCUGAUUUUUCCUAUUGUUUGUGGGUUGACAUCUAUAGAGAGGUUUGUGUAUGCUGCUUCGAUGUCUAGUGGUUUCAGUGAGUCUGGUCUAUUUAAGAGUUCUUCAAAGUGUUUUAUCCACCUGUUCCACUGUUCUCGAAUCAGUGAUUUGCCUUCCAUCUUUAUGCUUGACAGUUAAUUUUAAUUACUUGCUUCAUCAGUUUGGUGUAUCAUAUAUGUUCUUAAAAAUCCCUGUAGACGGAGUUGUUAUUGACGAGUUUAAGAAUGUCAGAUGUAUGAUACUGAAAUGUUUUUCUGAGCAACCCGUGAGGAAACCAGAAAACAGUUCAUUUGUAUGAAAUACAAAACAGUCCAAAACCUUUUUACCGUAUUAAUCAAAUAAUCGAGCGCUUUGGUUACUGUAUUUCUUUGAACAGGUUAACCCUGUUAGAAUGCUACUUAAACCUGUUAUUUAUAACGCAUUUCCAAUCACUGUCGAUCUCAACUUAUAGUGUUUUAAAAAUGAUUGGUUUAAAUUUAAAGAAAAAGAUGCUUGUUCCAUAAUACAUGUGAUUUUAGCACAGAGAUCGAGUUACAUGUAAACACCAUAAUGUCUUCAGAUGUCAUCAUCAGUGUCAAAAGAAAAGUAAGCCUACGAAUUGUCAAACAACAGGCUUAAAUCAAACAUAAACAUCGGUAAUCGACGAAAAAAAAUUAUGUUUUUAGUUUUGGAAAUGCAUUUCUUUCAACGUAAACAAAGAUUUACAAAUUAAAAGACGAACUGACAGUAACAGGAAAGGAGUGGAAACAAAUGCAACUGUAAAGAGUAUUCAAUGAAACCCAAAAAAGUCAAGUUGGUAAGAUGUGUAGCUUUGAAUUAAUGUACAACUUUAAGCUAGUUUGAAGACGUUAACUAAUACAUUUUAUGGAUAAUUCUCGUGAUACAAAUGCAUCCACCACUUUAGAAUACAACAUUCCUCAUCAAGUAUUAUAUCAUAUUUUCGAUUAUUUCAUUUAACGAUGACAGGUUUUGUAUUACUGUUGAACUAAUUAACACUUAAGCAAAGAUGAAUGGUGGCUAACAGUGGAAUUCAGGACACGCGUUUCGUCCUAUUUGGGACUCGUCAGCCUGAAGUACCUGCAUCUCAGAGUUGAUGUUCUUCCCGGGACUCGAACCCAGUACUGUUCGCUUCAAACGACAUGGCGUUAUCCACUUAGCUACAGAGUCUUAGCAGCCAUUUGAUAGCACAAAGAACAGAGAAUAUUUGUACUGAUUAAACCGAUUUUUUUUUUCGAAGUUCUAAUUAAUAGUAGAUAAUAGAUAGGAAAUAUUGUUUCGAAAAGAACAGAGGAAAUUGACUAAUGGAGAUACAUAGUUGUAUUAAAAUUGAAAUUUGAGAAAAAAUGAUAGGUACAUUUCUGUAGCAUUACAACUAAUUACAGGUUAUAGCACUUAACGUCGUGACCCCAAAUUAUGUUGUAGACUUCAUUCAGGAAAUAUACACUAACAAAAAAUAUCUUUAUUGUUUGUUUGUAUUAAUGAAAUUAAGUUUAGAGAGUUCAUGUGGUUUCUUAGAAAUUCAAUAAUUGUGUUGUUGUUAACUAGUCUUGUAAAUCAAAUCUUCUGACACCAGCUGAUACUGAUUGAAAACCUAAUUAUUUGAGCUAUUUUUAUUACCAUGUUGACUGCAACAAUGCUUGAACAUCUGCGUACUUUAAAUUUGAUAUUUAUUCAAAUUAUUUAUAUAUUCAGAAUCAUUUUCGUAAAUCCAUCAAUGUUGAUUCCGAAGAUGCCUGUGAUUUGUCCUUGUCUGUAUCUUCAUCAAAGGGAAUAGUAACAAUGUAAUAUUUAUUUCUAAGAAUGUAAAACUAUCGCAUCUCUGAACAUUUUUCUCAUGAAACAAAUUAGGGCUUACGAUAUUUGAUGUAUUCUCCUUUUACUUCUUGCUCAAUUACUAUCGUUUCGUAAUUAGAGAAGUCUAUAUCUAGAACGACUUCUUGAUCAUACUUCUCUUUUUCAUGUAAUAGAACCUCUAAAAGUGUUACAUUUUCCCUAUUUUUACUUCCCAAUCAGAUUAAUUCACUGAUCACUUAUAAAGGGGUGACUGAUCAUCUCAUUGGAGCAGUUUGUUCUUGGUGUCUUGUGUUAAUUCGACCUGUAUGCACUGCUCCACCAACCCAAUUAUUAUCAAACUUGAUGGACUUGCUUGGAUCACGUAGUCGACAACAAAGUGGUAGUAAAUCAUCUUCAACAUUGGGCAGAACUUUGAAUAACAGUUUAAUAUCAACUAGUCGAAAAACUUUGCACAAAUCUGGAAUGCACAAUAUUUCAAGUACUGAUAAUAACAUUAAUGAUCGUAACAGAUUGAAUAUUAUAAAAGGUACUAAUUAUCGAUAUGGUAAAAAACGCAGAUCUGACCUGCAUUCAUUGUCGUCGUUUUCACCCACGUCCACAUCCUGCCACCAACUAAUCAUAGUGUCAGAUUCUGAUUCAUGUUCAAUUUCUAGUAGUGAUGAAGAAAAUGAGUUAGUGGGGGUAAGUGGUGUCGAUGUAGUGGUCAGUGUUAAACGUAACGAUGGGACGUUGCCUUCUGCCAAUAUCUGUUUUGAUACUAGUGAUGCCAGUGAGUUCAAAUCACUUUCUACAAAUUCAGACACCCGAGAUCGAUCUGAUGAUAAUAAACUAAAUAGUAUUAGUUGUAAUACGCGAAAUAUUGGUUUGGAUUCAAAUGAUCAAAUAUUCAGUCCAUUGAGAAAACAGGAUUGUAAUUCUGUUGGUGGCAAUACCAUCGAUUUGGAUUUUGGUUCAACUUCCGCUGUGAAUCAGCAAAUUUUAGGACUUUGGGUCAAAUGUCCUGUACUAAUUGACUUACUAAAUAUUGCAUGUAAUUGUUUAUUGUGUCCAGAUAUUCGACUGAGUUCAGUGCAAGCUUUAUUGGCCUCCUCCACUGUACCAAUAUGGGAUAAUUCUUUAGAAAAUUCUAAACAUUGCCAUUUAUUGGCUAAUUCUGUAUUACCGCAUUGGAUAGUAAUUUGGCUAUUAUAUCAAGCAACUAGUCGAAAUAACCUAAUGUCAACAGGAAUACAAAAGUUGAAUGAACUAUGUAGUUUAAUAUUGACAUCUGUACUGCAUCCAUUCAGGCCAAAUGUUCUUCAGUGUACGCUGUUACCAGAUACAUUGGGUGGAUACUUUUAUCAAAGUAAUUUUGAUUUAGAUUUCUGGGUAUGUUUUUACUUUUUUGUAAUGUUAUUUACUCCAAAGUAAUUCUGAUAUAGGACAUAGUACUAAUAAGGUGGACAGCCUAUGCUCCUUCACGAGGUGUAACAGGUGUAAGUAAGUAAGUAAGUUAAUAAGGUGUCGCUUACGGACCAAACUAUGCAUAGAUUUGUAGUGCUGUUUAACCUUAUAAGAAUGUAUCUGCAAAGAUUUCCUAUUAGAAGCUACAAUAUUGUUAACCCAUUAUAACUUAAGAUACAAUCAGAAAAUAAGCAGCAGGCUUUUUCAAUAAUUUAACUGCUAAAUACGCAUUGGAAUAACAUAUAGAAAAGAGCAUUCUUAGAGUGAUUAUGUUUGCCUUUGUUGUUCACAUAAUCCUUUUUGUUGUAUUUGGGACUUUUCAACUCUGUUUGCCCGUAUACCAUUGUUUGUCUUCCGAUUAAGACUUGAAAUAUGUAUAGAUCAUUUCAAAUUCAAAGCAUAAGAAUAUCACCACAUGGCUCCAGGCACAUCAAACUAAUGAGUCCCGAGUUGGACAUAACGUGUAUUCUUGACUCAAUUGCUAGUCAAUGUCCAAAAUAUGAUCAACCUGUGAGUACAGGCUAUAUCAAAGAAUCUGUUCAAGGAGCCCUAACAUUCCUGCGGAGUCAACAAGAAAAUAAUCAAUCGGAUGUAUUGUCAACUGAUGGUAUGAAAUAGCAAACCACAGUUUUUUAAACUAUUCAUGUACUUGUAUACUUUUGACUUAUCAUAAAUAUGUCAUGCUGAAUGUUUAUUUGUCUCCAACGUACAUUAAUAGAUCACAGUGUGUUUAACGCACUUGUUGUUUCUUGGUGAUUCAGUCCCAGAAUUUCUUGGUGAUUGGCUACGCACCAAACUGGAACCACUUUCUGCGUAUGCUUUGCUCAUAUCAAAUGAAGCUUCAUUGGACAAUGAUAAUGUUAAUAAACAAAAUCCUUUAACUCAACAAACGAGAUUGUUGAACCUUAUAAUUAAUUUAAGUCUUAUAUCAGUGCCUAUUCCACCACAAUCUCCAUCAGACCAACAAAUACCCAUAAAUAAUGUUCUUUCAACGACUGAAUUAACUAUGGACCAUCACCCUUGGAGGUACUCUUAUCUUCCGAAAGGUUUUAAUUACGGUAUGACACCCGGCUCUUGUCGUCCGCCUUGUGUGAUAAAAGAAGUGGAUUGCAAAUCAAUACCAUCUCAUUUCAGCGUACCACAUAUGCCACCACGAAACAUGAAUCCGAUGUUACCAACUCUAUGUCAUCUCCCACUUCCAUUAAAUAAUAUGCUGAAUUCAAACCUGCCGACAGGACAAUCAAAUUUUACUCCACUUCGAUCUAGUUUUUCUCAACAGUUUGAAAUUCCUGUUCGUCGUCCACCACCAUUACUUCAAGUUCCGGUUAGCAUACCUUCUAAUCGUUCUACUUUAAACGAUUCUCAUCCUAUGCUGACUGGUGCUGUACUACUGUUCAGCGAACGUCAGUCAAAUAAUUAUCUUCCAGCUAGUCGUCAACCAACUUCUCUUCUAUGGAUUCUUAGUUUAGUUAGACGUAUUAAAUCUGUUACAUUGUCUGUUAUAAUUGAUAAUUUUAUAACACUUACUCCAUUUCAAUUAUUUGCGUUAUUUCAAAAUCAACAUGAAUUUACUUAUCAGUCAGCUGCUAGAAUGAUUGAACUUCUAGUUAAAAGUAUAUUGCAAGCCCCAGUUGGUUCAAAUGUUGAACGUCUAUUGAUUUAUUUGGUAAAUGUUUGUGAGUCGGAAUCAUCUCAGUUGUGUAGUACAUCUACAUCUAGUGUUAUUCCCACUACCACAUCGACAACAUCGAGUGAUUUUGAAGAUGUCUAUUGUUCUGAUGCUAAAAGACCUAAGUUGAAUUCAGAUGACCAACUAUCCCAACGUCAUCAAUCUUUAUUAGAAUAUCAUAAGUUUUUCAACAAUUUCUUAUCAUAUUGUCGUGAGAUUUUAAGAAUUCUUUGUGAUACUGCAAUCUUUCUAACUUAUUCAUCUUCAGAAACGGCUGAUUCGUUAGAUCGUGGCGGUUGUGAAGGUCUACUUCGUGCAGCUCUACGCCUAAGCAAUCCUCCACCACCUUCAUUGUUUUAUAAUAAAAUCAUUAAUAUUACUACCACAACCAAUAUCACUGAUACUAAUAUCACUGUUUCAAAUGACGAAUUGAGUUGUAAAUUUUUACCAUUCUCAAAUUUCAAAUGUUAUUUAUUUCAAAAGUUGGUCAGUGGAAACAGUUUGCAAAAUAGUUCAUGUGCUCAACUAAUUUUAAGUUUAGGAUUUACAUUGGAUCCAAGUUUAAUUGAAUAUUUAUUAUGUAAGUCAACGUAAACUGAUAAUUGAUUUCCUCUGAAAAAAAUACUGCAUUUCAUGUGUGAUCCGUGAUCUCUCACAGUCUAGUAAUAUAUUAUGUUUAUUUUAAGCGGAAUAUUGAUUGUUACCUACCUUAUAACCCCGUACCUCAGUAAAUAGUGCUCUUGCUAAUUAAAAUAACUCCACUUUCUUCAAAAAUUAUGUACCUUAUUAUUAUAUAUGGAGGACUGAUUGAAUCUUGAAAAAAUACCUCACGAUUUCGACUUUUUUUAAAAAAAAAUUAUACGUUGUGAAAUGAUUUCCAUGUAGCUGACCGAAACGCAAUUGAUCAAUUUGCUGAAGUACAUGAAUGAAUGUAAGAAUACGAAGAAUCCUAUGAAAUUUUUUUAGAUACAUUUACAUCUGAUGCUUAAUGUCAAGAUGACUGGUAAUCAUAUUCUACAAAGUGAAUUGCUUCUUUUUAAAUAUUUUCAACUAAACUAUCACCUUUAAAACCCGAUGGUUUGGAAACAAUUACUUGGUGGUGGUUUUCAUCACGAAACGGAAACUACUGACCUACUGCUUUGUUGUGAAUCCAUCUAUCAAUACCCAUCCCCCAAACAAACGACAAGAUCAAACUAAUUAACUCCAAGUUUCGUGAUGAGCUCAAUACUCUGAACGUUUUAUAACUUUAUUUUUACAUAUAACCAAUGCAGACUUUAUUUCUGUUGUAAUAACCUGCAUAUAUGUCCAUUUUGUUCUCAUCUGUUACAGAUCAACGCAAUGUUUAUAAUAUGGCUCUGUGGGUAGGAGGAAUUCGAGUAAUGUUUUAUUGGAUUUUGCAACCUUUAGCUUGUCUUAACGACUAAACAUUUCUCCAACUUCAAAUGCUAUUACGUAUGAGCUAGAAUAGAAUGUAGUGACGAUAUUACUGUCCUUUUUUUCUUUACAAUGUAUAUCACUUUGAUUUGUAUGGCGCGUUUCUUGAUAUCUUGUUAUACCAAGUUUCUUCGUGUCAACAACAAAUAUUCUGUAUAUUAGUCGUUACAUAUCACAUCAGUGGUUUUUUAUGUCCGUUACUAUUUUAUCGUUCUGGGGGAGGGUGUAAAUGGUUAUGGAGGUGGACGUUUACUAAUUUCCUUUUGUUUACAGUUUUUAGGUCUCUUCUAUGUAAACGCAAAUUUAUAAUCUGUGAAAAGUUUUGUCUUUGUCUAGUGUUUUAGAGCUGGAGAACAUUGAUUUGUGUCCUAUCAACACUGUAAUGAUUACUUCUUCGUGGAACCUCCAUUUUCUGUAACUUGUCUGUUACAUUAUUUUGCCUUUGUGUGGUCGGAGUGGAUUAACAUUAGGAAACAGAGCACUACAUUAGUUAGCAUAUGCCAACAAAUUGUGUAGUGUAGGCACUCAUACUACAACUGUAAAGUCAUGAGUGUCAGCUCAAUUUACAUAAUUUCUCUCGAACAAACGAAAUGGUAUCACAUGCCCUCACAUUUUAUUUGGGGAAAAGGGGAAAAUAAUAAAUUUGCAGAAACAUGAGAUUACUUACAUUUAAAAAAAACUAUAGUUGAAGAGGAGAAUCAUACACUUGUCUAUGUUUGUUUUUCUUUCUUUUGUUUGUGUAUGUAUUAUGUAGUCUAUCUAUGCUGCUGGAGGUCUGUAAAAACGAAAACCGAUCCCAAUGAAAAUUCAUAUACGUCACGAGUAUCAAUGAAAUCCGCCAAAUCAUCAUCAUUUGCACAACUUACCUUUUGUCCACUAAUGUUAUUCUUUCCUGUAUUAAAUGAAAUACAAACCAUCUGGGUAGCUAGAACAUCUUCACGACCGCCACCAUUAACGGCAACAACUACCGGCUCAUUGACGAUUCCUCCAGUUCAACCUACCGAUGCACUAGUAACUGAUGUUCUUCGUCCGUCAAUCUUCCCAAUUAUGUCGAUACGUCAUAAAUAUUUACUAAUGAGUAGUCACCGAAUGGAUUCAAAUAAUAAUGCUUUAUCAUUUCUUUACCCAAAUGGUGUCCUGUACAUACACCAACUUCUUGCCAAUAAAUACUUCCCUCUGUUAUGGUCUAGUUUAGAAAAGGGUGAUCGUGAAUUUCGCAUUUCGGUAUUACGUAAUCUGCUAUGGUUAGUGAAUAAGGAGUUUAUUUUAAUUGGGAAGAAUUCUGGUCACCCACGCAUUCUAUUUGCUUUGGGAGCACAACUAGACGAAAUUGUGAAGAUGAUGCUGAAAAAUGUUGAUCUUCAAGUUAGAUUUCACAUUUAAUAUUUACUAUUUUUUUUUAUUUACAUACAAACUCCGGAUCCAUAGAAAACCUGACUAACCAAACUAUAUCCCAUGAUUGCAUGCGUACUAUACAAACGUAGUGUUUAGACUUGCUGCUGAGUCUUUGCGAAUGUAUAUUCUGUACAUUUCGAUUUCUUCCAACUAAUCAUUUGGCACCUUCAACAACCACCACACUUAAUCAAUCUAUGAAGCUAAGUGAAUCAAGUCAUUAUUACCAUUUGACACGGUUUCGUGAUGGAUUAAAAAACUCUGGGGUAUUAAAGACUAAUGGUCGUUUACACUGUCAUUAUGGUAGCCAUCAAACAUUCGGUUUAAUACUUCUAUCACCUACCCAGUGUAUGCAAUUAGCUAAUAGUUUUGUACAGUUAACAUCUCGAUUGAUAUUCAUGAUGAAUGAUGCACACUUACCCAGUGAAUCAUCAUCAUUGCCUUCGUGUAACCAUUUGUAUGUAUUUGGUCGAUUUCGAAAUCUACUGAAUUUAUUAUUCACCACUAUUCAAUCAACAGUUUUCCGUUCAGCUAUGAUGAGAUUAAUACCAAAAGUGAUAUUGGUAAGUCUAUAUUAUUAUUAUUGGUUUAAAAGAAUGAGGAUCUUUUCUCUCCGAUUCCCCUUUUGACUAAUUACAGUAACAAACUUAUUGUUCUGUUUUGUAUAAAUUGAAUAAUUGUCAUUAGACAUAACAUUACUUAGUGGUUAAAGCAUUCAACAUUCAAAUACAAAGUUCCAGUUUCUAGCACCAUUCCACAAACUUUGGUUCAAAUAGUCAGAUAGUAUGUUUACUUCAUAUGCCAAAGGCAGUUAUAUUACAUCUCCUUAACAUUGUUAAAGCAAUAACCAUACAUCUGGGAAAACCAGAAUUGUGUGUCCAAAAGAAAUUAGUACAACCUCUUCUACCAUGAAUAAUAAAUAAAAACUUUCGUCUAAAGUUGGACGAAUAGUUUCACAAUAUUUGGGAGCCAAGUUAAUGUGAGACAUUAAAUAGGAAGAAUGUAUUUGUAAAAUCUCAGCGAAAGAAUUUGAAAUCCAACGUUUCACCUGGCAAUCUGGUCCAAGCUUUUUCCUCUCUAAUGUCUUUUUUACCAUGGUCUUAAUUUCUGAUACGUCUUGUCGUUGAAACGCUAUAUACGAUUCCUAAGCUGUCUGGUAACCCGCACACUAGAACUACACAGCGACUUGAACACCAGAGAGAAGACACAAGGAUGAGAGAAUAUACUUUAUCCCAAGGUUCAUUCUUGUACAGAAAAUCAAGGGUAUUUAUAGAUGUUGGCGUCUGUUAAAUCAACAUCAUAUUUCAGCCAAUCCGUUAACGUCAUAUUAUGCUACCGACCAAUAGUAGCACGCCACGCUGGAAUUCUCAACUCCGCCUGGAGUCCUUCCGGGGGCUACUGCGGGUCCCAAGCCCGGAUAAAGGAGGAGGGUUGGGCAUGGGGUUAGCGUCCCCA